AUGAAUAACUCCAACCCGUUAUUUCCUAGCGACCACAUUAUACUGGAUGGAUUUCAGCGUUGGGGUGCAAUCAAGCACCAUCUAUCUGCUGGGCUGCUCUUGAGAGCAUCCACGGCUCUGUUUUUUGCCUAUGCAAUUAGUUGUAUCAUCUACAAUCUUUACUUCCACCCCCUUUCCCAGUUUCCCGGGCCAUUUUGGGCCAGGGCAUCACUGUUAUGGCGUAUCCGCCACUCUACAGAUGGCCGAUUCCAUCGUCACAUCGAAAACUGCCACAAGCGUUACGGUGAUGUUUUCCGCGUGAGCCCCAACGAGCUCUCGUUCUGCAGCCCAGGCGCCUACACGGCCAUCUACCUGCCCGCCGUCAAGGGCGUGGCUAAAAUCAGCAAGAACGAGUUCUACGACAUGCUCGGCGCCGGGUUCGACGAGCAAGCUCUGGGCACCGAGCGCGACCCUAUCCUAGCUCAGCAGAAGCGCGCACUGUUCUCCGCGGCAUUAUCAGCGAGGGGACUGGCCCAGCAAGAACCUGUCAUGCAGAAGAACGUCGACAUGUUCGUGGAGAAGUUGGGGAAGCUGGGGAACAGUGAGGAGGGAGUCGACAUGACCAAGUGGUUUAUCUUUUUGGGGUUCGACAUCCUCGGCGAGAUGGCCUUUGGCGAGUCGUUCGGCUGCAUCGAAAGGGAGGGAUCACACCCUUGGCUGGACCUUAUUCUAAGCACCAUCCACGUGGUGACGGUGGCGGACAAUCUCAGACGUUACCCUAUGCUUGUCAAACUCGCACAAUGCAUUCCGUCUAAGUGGACCGUUGGUUUUCGGAACCAAAUGAUCCAGUACAGCAAGGAUAAGGCCGUAGCCCGACUCCAAAAGCAGGGCCCCCAGAAUGACUUCCUGGAGAACGUUGCAGAGAAAGUCCGUAAGGGUGAGGUCAAGCAGGCGGAAAUGGAAGCGCACUCUUGGAACAUGGUACUGGCGGGAGGCGAGACCAGCGGGAGUCUCAUGACCUCCACCCUCUACUUCCUACUCAAGAACAGGGAAGCAUAUGACAAGUUGGCCCGAGAAGUUCGCUCAUCCUACGCGAGUUACGACGACAUCGACGUUGGCUCUACCACGAAGCUGGAGUACCUUAGGGCGGUGCUGAAAGAGGGCAUGCGGCUUUUCCCGGUUGCCCCGCAGGGCACGCCGCGCCUGUCGCCGGGUGUGAUGGUUGAGGGACACUAUGUACCUAAGGGUGCCGAGUUCUACGUCUCCCCAUGGGCCAUCGCCCACGACGAGCGGUUCUGGCACGAGCCGUAUGCCUUCAAGCCCGAACGCUGGCUCGACCCCGACUGCGACGACGUCAAGUCAGCGAGCCAGCCGUUCUCGUUGGGCCCGCGGGUAUGCCCCGGAAAGCUCUUUGCGUACGGACAGAUGUCGCUACAGCUGGCGAAGAUGGUAUACGCGCUUGACAUGGAGCUUCUUAGUAAGGAUCUGGAUUGGAUUGGGUCCUGCAAGAUGCAUUUCCUGUGGUGGAAGCCGGCAUUGAAUGUGAGGUUCACUCCUAGAACAGUGUGA